GUUGCUCACACUGGCCACACUAACAUGCACACUCUUUCAAUUCGCUUUCACGCGUCAGCAUUUUGUCUUUCACAUUCGAACGCCGAGUCGCUAGCCUCCACCACCUGUCCCUCAUUUAUUCAGCGCAGCUCUUGCCAGUUGGUUGUGUACUUAGUGCAUAUUUCCACUGCACAAUCGUCUCUCCACCAAGCAGCUACAGAGACAAGAUGAGGAAGACGGAUGGGCGCAUGAGGGAGGUGUAGGAUGUGGGCAGUGUUUGAGGACAGGAAUGUAUCAGACGCAGGGUAAACACAUACAUGCACAUUAACACAAACACAGGCACGCACGCACACUGUGCCCCUCAGCUCCAGCUGUGCGCAGAAAGCUUCAGUGGGAAUUGAAAACCGUCUUUGUUGAGUUGCGCCUUCACAACAGGUCUCCCUCCUGAACAUCGCCGCAUCCAUGGAUGUCUGGUUCUUGCCACUGGUUCUGCUCUGUCUGACAGAGUCCACGCAGACCACUGCUAUGGACUUUGGAGGCGUUCCUCUAUGGAUCAACCGGCUUCUUGGCGAGCCCAGUGUGAUGAGCCUGCAGGGCAGAAUGGACUCUGCCUGGUUGAGGGCCAACAACCCCCAACCCUGCCCUCAACAGUGUGACUGUCCCAUCCACUGGCCCACGGCGUUGUACUGCGACAAUAGAGUUCUGACACAUGUCCCGGACCAGCUGCCAGAGAGAACCGAGUACAUAUUCAUGCAGGGAAACAACAUAUCCUCCUUGUCCUCUUCGGCCCUGGUCAACAUGACGGGCCUCCGCUGGCUCAUACUGGAUAACAACAAGCUGCAGAAUGAUAAGCUGGACAAGGACGCCCUGCAGAACCUGACCCAUUUGUGUUAUCUUUUUGCUAACCACAACCACUUGACCUCCAUCCCCGGUGGUUUGCCGAGCGGACUCAAGCAGCUGCGACUGGCCCACAACAGGAUCAGCAGCAUCAGCCCUGGAGCGCUGCAGAACCUUUCAAACCUGACGCUGCUGCUGCUGCAUGGGAACAAGCUGAAAACUCUGCCAGAGGGAGAGUUGAGAGGUCUGCUUCGUCUGAACCUGCUGGACCUCAGUGACAACUCAUUCUCCACCGUCCCCGGACGUCUACCUCCCUCUGUGCAGCAGCUCUACCUGUCCAACAACUCUCUGGCUGCACUUACUGAGGACAAUUUCCAGGGUCUGUUCAACCUGAAGUACCUUCGCCUCAGUCACUGUGGGCUGCAGAGUCACAACAUCCAUCAUCAGGCUUUCAACUUCACCAGCCUAAUUGAACUGGACCUGUCCUAUAACAGACUCAUGACCAUUCCAACUGUCCCUACUAGCCUGCAGUACCUGUAUCUGGAGGCCAAUGCAAUACAAGACAUCAACAUGACCAGCUUCUGUCGAGAGGUGGGACCUCUUUCCUUCUCCUGGAUGAGGAUUCUUCGACUGGAUGGGAACAAGCUGUCACCCCAACAUUUGCCCCGAGACUGGGCCUUUUGCCUGAGAGUCAUACAAACACUGCUCAUCUGAUUGUGCAUCAAACAAAAGUUUGAAUAAACAUGAU